AUGCCGAUCGAGGUCAAUGGAAUCGAGCAUCAGGAUAAGAGCAAGGACGUGAGCUUGUCUUUCACAAAGGGGAACGACAAAGUAGCUGCGUUUGGAUCCAUAGACGUCGCCCACGCCGCUGCUUCCGCCGCCCACAUACCAAUUGCCAAAAGAACUGAUUACUCGAUAUCCACGGGACUGAAACUACACGAAACACCGACAUCCUCCUUCAGCGCAAACAUUGGCGCCUCGAAAAGCGCCUCGCCUUUUGCCAAAGGGGAUUGGCAGCCGAACGCCUUCUUCGUUUACCGAAAGAAAUUU